AUGAUAACUGUGAGAAUUGUGCUUAAAUUAGCUGCUGUAAACAAUUGGAGUUUGUUUCAGAUGGAUGUUCAUAAUGCAUUCUUGCAGGGAGAUUUAGAUGAAGAAGUUUACAUGUCCAUUCCGUUUGAAACAGAGUUUGUUUUGGUUCUAGUUUAUGUUGAUGAUCUUCUUAUCACUGGUAAUUCUGAGGACAGAAUAAGGGAAGUGAAAGAUUAUCUGCAUAGGCAAUUCAAGAUCAAGGAUCUAGGGGAAAUUAAGUAUUUUUUGGGGAUAGAGAUAGCUAGGUCCCAAAAGGGAAUUAUUUUGUCUCAAAGAAAGUAUGUGCUGGAUUUGAUUUCUGAUGCAGGACUAAGUGGAUGUAGGCCACUGUCAGUACCAAUGGGGCAGAAUUUGAAGCUGCGAGCCUUUGAAGAAGGAAAGGAUGCUGAGAAGGAUUUGCUAAGGGAACCUGAACGUUAUAGAAGACUUAUAGGUAGAUUAAUAUACCUGACAAUAACACGGCCUGACAUCAGUUUCUCUGUGCAGGUCCUCAGCCAAUUUAUGCAGACUCCAACUAAGAUGCAUAUGGGAGCAGCGCUGGGGGUAGUAAGAUACCUGAAACAGAAUCCUGGAUUGGGUAUCCUCCUCAGCUCCAAUGAAGACUUGAAGGUUAGCUGUUUUUGUGAUUCUUAUUGGGGAGCAUGUGCAACCACACGAAGGUCUGUGACAGGAUACUUGCUGAAAAUGGGAGAUUCUUUGAUCACUUGGAAGACUAAGAAGCAGUCUACAGUGUCACGAUCCUCAGUAGAGGCAGAGUAUAGAGCUCUUGGAGCUGCAGUGUCAGAGAUAGUUUGGGUUAAAGGAUUGCUUGAAGAUUUAAGAGUUUGUCAUCCUCAGCCAGUAAGAGUGUUUUGUGACAGCAAAGCCGCAAUACACAUAGCAUCAAAUCCAGUAUUUCAUGAGAGGACUAAGCACAUUGAAAUAGAUUGCCAUUUUGUAAGGGAGAAAUUGCAGAGUGGAUUGAUUAGUCUAAUUCAUGUGAAAAGCAGCAAUCAGGAGGCUAAUAUACUGACUAAGGCAGUUGGAUACGAUAGUCAGCGGAAAAUGUUGAGCAAGUUGGGAACUAUAAAUAUUUACAGUUCCAAACUUGAGGGGGAGUGUUAG